UACAAGGUGUUUCUCAAGAGUGACCGAGUUGCAAGAAUGGUUCACAGUGGAGGAUGUUCUGCAAAUGAUUUCAGAGAUGUUUUUAAGAAAAACAUAGAGAAAAGAGUUCGAAGUUUGCCGGAAAUUGAUGGAUUAAGCAAAGAGACAGUGUUAAGUUCUUGGCUAGCCAAGUAUGAUGCCAUAUACAGAGGAGAAGAGGACUUGUGCAAACAGCCGAAUAGAAUGGCCUUAAGUGCUGUGUCAGAGCUGAUUCUGAGCAAGGAACAGCUUUAUGAAAUGUUUCAACAGAUUCUAGGAAUCAAAAAAUUGGAACACCAGUUGAUUUAUAAUGCCUGCCAAUUGGAUAAUGGAGAUGAGCAAGCAGCCCAGAUCAGACGUGAACUAGAUGGACGACUGCAAUUGGCAGAACAAAUGGCAAGGGAAAGAAAAUUCCCCAAAUUUGUAACAAGAGAAAUGGAGAACAUGUACAUAGAAGAGUUGCGGUCUUCGGUGAAUUUGCUGAUGGCAAAUUUGGAAAGUCUUCCAGUGUCUAAAGGUGGGCCAGAAUUUAAACUGCAGAAGUUAAAGCGAUCACAGAAUUCUGCAUUCUUGGACAUAGGAGAUGAAAAUGAGGUUCAGCUGUCGAAGUCUGAUGUAGUCCUCUCCUUCACAUUAGAGAUUGUUAUAAUGGAGGUACAGGGUUUAAAGUCGGUUGCUCCCAAUCGAAUUGUCUACUGCACCAUGGAAGUGGAAGGGGGUGAAAAGCUGCAGACUGACCAAGCAGAAGCUUCCAGGCCACAAUGGGGAACUCAAGGGGAUUUCACCACGACUCACCCUCGGCCUGUUGUCAAAGUAAAACUCUUUACAGAAAGCACCGGGGUGCUGGCACUUGAAGAUAAAGAACUGGGAAGAGUAGUGUUGUAUCCAACGUCCAAUAGCCCAAAGUCACCUGAUCUGCAUAAAAUGAUAGUGCCCAAAAACAGCCAGGACAGUGACUUGAAAAUUAAACUGGCAGUGAGAAUGGAUAAACCACCUCACAUGAAGCACUGUGG